UCUCCAUUUCUCACUCAGGCCUGAGAGCAGUGAGUUGUGAUGGCCAUAAAAUUAAAGAAGAUGUACCGAGGCUACUGGUAAGUCCCAGCCCUUGGGAACAGCAGGCAAAAAUUGGGCUCUUGACUGUCGCUCUGUAAUUAUUGGUAUAAAAAGUGAAUAAGGAAGGUCCAGGAGCCUCUCUCACGUUCUCUCCUUUUGAAAAUUGUCCGGUUAUUUUUGAAAGUUUUGACAGUCUAAGUAAACAGGUGCUAGUGCAGCAGCUGCUCUCUCAUUCAUAACUGAAUACAAUGAGUCAAGGUGGGGCUGCUCCUCCUUGUCCUCAUAUCAGCUUCCAUGAUGAGAAUCUCUUAGCUAUUGAUUCUCAUCCUCUUUCUCCUCUCCUGGCUUGUGGGACCAUGGAUGGACAAGUAUUAAUUUAUUCUACUAAAGACUACGUCCAACAAACACAAGAUCUCAGAAUUUCUAGUGAUUCCUGUCGCUCCCUUAGGUUUUCGAAAUCCGGCAAGACUUUAUACUGUGGUUUAAAGGAUAAAAGUAUUCAAUACAUUGAUGUUAAUUCAUUCAAAGUUUCAUUCACUAUACCUAAUGCACAUCACUCAUCUCUGAACAGUUUGCAUGUUAUAUCAGAGAGAUUGGUUGCCACUGGUGAUGAUGAAGGUUGUGUAAAGGUUUGGGAUGCAAGACUUAGAAAGGAAGUUUUCUCAGUGACCGAAAACACUGACUUCAUUUCAGACAUGGCCAGUAGCAUUGAGAAGCAGACACUUUUAUGCACUAGCGGUGAUGGAAGCUUAUCGGCAGUCGAUUUGAGGCAGAGGAAACUAGAGCAGAGAUCAGAUUGCUCUGAGAGUGAGCUGCUGUGCAUAACAUUGGUCAAAGGCGGGGCAAAGAUUGUUACCGGAGACGCCGAAGGGGUUCUGGGAAUAUUCACGUGGGGUCUGUGGGGUGACGUGAUUGAUAGAUAUCCAUUGACCCUUCGUUCACAGUCCAUUGACUCCUCUAUACAAAUAAGUGACAGUGUUGUCUGUGCUGGUGGUCUAGAUGGAAUAAUAAGGGUAGUACAGAUCUUACCAAACAAGACUAUAUGUGAAUUGGGGCGGCAUCAUGGAUCAGAGUGCAGUUAUCCUGUUGAAGAGCUUAGACUCUCUCACGAUAAGACUCAUUUACUAAGUUCUUCGUACGAUCAAGUGAACUCCUGGCCUAUUGGUGACCUACCUAAGGUAUGGAUUGGAGGAGGAAGAAGAGAGAAAGAGGAACAGGAGGAGGAAGAAGAAGAGGAACAGGAGGAUGUUAAAGAGAGGAGAAGAGGUGGAAAGAAGAGCAGGAGAAAAAGACGUAGGAAGGAGCUGCUGGCUGGGUCUCAACCGCCAAAAAAGAGAGACACGUUUUUUGAUGAUCUCUAAUGUUAUGAUAACAAAUUGUAUUAUAAUUAUUAAUAUUAAUAUUAUUAUUAUUAUUGAAUCACUUUCACAGAUCAUUCAAAAAC